AUGCGCCCAUCAGAAAUCGCACUCGAGCCCCCCUCCGCCGAUGUUCCUUCCCCCUCCGCCUUCCUUCCCCCCAUGAGCCCCGAAUCCAUCCCUCUCGGCCUUUCCUCCCUCCGCUCGCUCUCCGCGCUUUCCGCCACCCCACUCUGGCCUCCUCCGCCAAUUGCGGAAUGGCCUCGGGCCGCCGUGGAUCACGGCCCGCGAAUCGCGGCCGCGGCAGUUGAUGUCGCAGAUAGGCUGCUGUCUACAGUGCCACCUCUGCUGACGCAGGCGCUGACGUCAGCGGCGGGAGGGGUGCAUCGGUACCUGCAGCGGUUCAGCGUGUAUGUGAUUAUAGCGAAUGCGGCUCGGCCCGUGCUGAGGCCUGCUGUGGAUAAAGCGCAAGAGGUGCUCGAUAAGACAACCACCAUGCCAAUCCGUCUGCUAUGGCUGUGUGUGGCACCGCCAUCGACCGCUUCAAAUCCCACCCGCCAUGAUAUGGCCUCUGCUGCUGCUGCUGCUGGUGGCAGGCAUCGCAUGCAUGCACGCUGCCCUCGCUGCUCUCCACGUCCCACGACCCCGCCUACUGCCCUGCCUCGCGCGUCGCCCUCACCCCGCCGCAUCCCUGCCACCCACAAAAUUUCACCUCCCUUCCUCCCCAUCCCAACCUCUCCCGCACUCUCCCUCCGCCACCCCACCUUGCCCCUCCAGAUACCCCCUAUGAGCACCAUCCCGGGGCGCCUGGUAUGGCUGGCGGUGCUGCUGCUGCUGGCGUGGGCGGCAUGCACGCUGCCGUCGCUGCUGUCCACCCUGCACGACCCCCAGUACUACUCCGCCUCGCCCUUCCCCCGCCGCAUCCCCGUUCUGGGCGAUGGCGGCUCGGCUCCCGUCUUCUCCAAUGCUGGCUUCAAUGUCGAGGCUGCUGCCAAGAUGUGGGAGGCGAAGGUGGGCUGUGCGCGCUUCAGGUGGAAGCACAGGGACCUGCUCAAGAAGUACUCUUACUCCUCCGCCUUCCCCAAAAGCUCCAGUCUUCAGGACCCCAACAGGGUGGCGUGUCGGCGAAUGCAGCUGCGCCACGUCACCAUCCUGCUGCCACCUGGCGCUGAGUCAUGGAUGUGGCCGCACAAGCUGGAGGGCUUCUACCACUGCCCCCGCUGCGGCAUCACCUGCCAGAUCUCGUGGUCGCCCCUCAUGGCCCUCCAGGCAGACGCCACGCUGCAUGUCUGGCCCGCAGACCCACCUGCCGACAGAUCGAGAGGGCAGCCCCUACGAGUGUACCUGAACCUGGAGUCGUGGGGGCUGCUGGAGAAGCGCCGCCUCUUCGACGUGGGCGUGUCGCCCUUCGCCAGCAGCGACGUGCAGCUCACCUACUCAGGCGUGCACCACACGCUGGAGACCGGCAGAAGGCAGUUCUUCUCCAAGAUCAAGCGCCAGGUCCGUCAGAGAUGCGUGGGCGUGGGACAGGACAGGACCGACCCUGCUACGGUUAGUGCAAGGGACGCAAGGGGCCUGGUGCACCACGUACACACAAGGGGGCUGGUGCACCACGUACAUGCCGUGCUCACAGCACCGUGCCUUGGUACUGCCACUGCGAGGGGAGGCAGGGUGUGGCCUUCAUGCCCUCUUAGCCCUCCCGGCCAGCACAACGGGGUCAAGACUUCCCUGGACAAUACGUGUCCUCCCUCACACACGGAGUGCCCUUCCGCUUCCCCUGCGCUCUCUCCCCUCGCCUCCCUCAGGGUGCCCCUCCCCUUCCCCUUUGCGUGCCAUGCUGUCACAGCCACGUCCUGUCUUUCCUUUCCCCCUAUUACCCAAGACACACCUCUGUACCGUGCAUCAUCGCACUGCCAGUACGAGUGGCGAGACGAGAAGGGCUGGCGAGGGACGUGUGUACCCCUCUUCCCUCCCUGUGUGUCUGUCUCUCCAUCACACAUAGCGCCCUGCGCGUCUCCUCUCCUUCCCCCUCCCCUUCUUCUCCCCCAGGAUGUGCCUCUGUACCGUGCAUCGUCGCACUGCCAGUACGAGUGGCACGAGGGCCUGGACGUGCCUCUAUACCGUGCAUCCUCCCACUGCCAGUACGAGUGGCGGGAGGGGCUGGUGAGGGACGUGUUCGCCCUGGUGCCUCACCACAGCUUUGGGCACUGCGACAACAACAUGAACGGCAGCGAUGCUGAGCUGCUGCUCUACCCUGCAUGCUCCCACCCAAUGAGAAGCAUUCAGAAGACGGAAAUCACAGCGUGCGCCUUGUCACCCCCACGCCCCCUCCCAUCCCCCUUUUCUCCUCCCCCAUGUGAACUCAUCCCUUUCCCCUCCUCCUUCUCCCCACCCCCCAGGGUGAUAAGCGUACUGAAGCAGGAGAUAUCAGCAUGCGCCAUGUCGCACUACAAGUUCAUCCUCAGCACCGAGAACACACGUGUGCCGGGCUACGUCACAGAGAAGGCCCUCGAGCCCCUGGAGGCGGGCACAGUGCCCGUGUAUUAUGGUGCACCUGACAUCCGCAGCUUCAUGCCGCCCGAAUCAUUCAUUGAUGGAUCCAAGUACACGGCUGCACAGCUCGCCACACUCAUCACUGCGCUCAAUAAUGACCCAGGUGUGUUGUUUCGGUUGAUUCAGAGUUUUUCAGGUUGCCUCUCUGGAGCAACUGGAGCCUUUGGAGAGGCCCUGGAGGCGGGCACAGUGCCCAUGUACUAUGGGGCGCCUGACAUCCACAGCUUCAUGCCGCCUGAUUCGUUCAUCGACGGCUCUAACUACACGGCCGCCCGGCUCGCCACACUGAUUGCUGCGCUGAAUAACGACCCACUUAGCGUGCCCGUGUACCAGAGCGUGCCCGACAUCCACCAGUUCAUGCCGCCUGAGUCGUUCAUUGAUGACUCCAAGUACACGGCCGCACUGCUCACCACACUCAUCACUGCGCUCUCAACAAUGACCCAGGUGCAUAGUUGUCUCGACAUUCUCUUUUGA